AUGCCAAAAGAGAUGAUAAAUGGGUUACCCCUUGAUUCUCUAGCACUCAAGAAAGUAACACGGCCCAAGCAAGUUAUCCCAGUGAAUCACAGUAUUCCAUCCGGCAAUAAAGGAAAACAUACGACGGAUCCAUUCAUCAGUAACAGCAUUUCAAGUCUCACGCAGAAGUCCGAAGGAUUGCAUGUUCUUGAUAGUGCUGAUGGAGUGGAUGACAUUGAAGGUUCUCCAAUCAUCAGGCGGAAAGAUCGGCUAGUUCAGGAAAUAGAAAACAGUCUGGCAGAAAUUGAGGAUCACUACUCGAGCACAGGUAAACUGGAGGAGGAAAAGUCAGUUGUUGAAAUGGAAAGGAACUUGUUGUUGAAAGAUAUUGAGGAAACCAUUGCAGAGAUUCAGAAUCAUGUGGUUAAUUCCUCUGAACUGGAACUUGAGAGAGGUGCCCUACAAGAGGAAUGUGAUGGACUACGAGGUCAAGUUGAUCAUUUAAAAGUGGUAUUGGACAAUCGAGUUGAUGGAGUAAAUGAUGAAAAAACUGAUUUAGUCAUUGAAAAACAAAUCUUAGACUUGAAAGCUGAGAUUAAUGCACUGACUUUAGAAAAUGAAAAAUUCAAAAGUAAAGGAAGAAGUGAUGAUGAUGGAGAUAUUCCGUCUGACUUGAUGAGUCGAGAGUUAGAGUUGUUGCAUGACGAAAAUGCAAACUUGCAAAAGUUGCUGCAUAUGGCUGAAGAAUCGGAAGAGAACAUGGCUAAGGAGUUUACGUCAUGUCAGUCAAAGAUAAGUGAUGUACAAAAGCUAAACGAAAGCUUAAAGAAGGAGAACAAAAAGCUAAAAGCUGAAAAGGAACAGCUUGAAUUAGACAAAGAAGACUUGGAGGAAGAACUUGACAGCUUACAGAAACGUUUCAAAAAGAAUCCUGAUCAAAAUGGAAAUAGUUUGAUGCUUCAGGUAAGAAGGUCCUUGGAGUGA